AUGAAUAAAGCCCUGCCGCUUUGGGACAAAACGACGAGAAAACUCACAGAUUUCACCACCCAUUUCUCUUUUGUUAUUGAUUCUCAAAACAGAACUUCAUACGGAGAUGGAUUGGCGUUCUUCCUUGCCCCUGGAGGUUCGAUAAUUCCUACAGUUAAAGGUGGAGGCUCUUUCGGUCAUACAAAAGAUGACGAGCCUCUAAAUUCCACAUCUAAUCCGUUUGUUGCAGUGGAAUUCGACAUCUUCUACAAUAUUGGUUGGGAUCCGAUUCCGUCAAGUGAUCAUGUAGGCAUUGAUAUCAGCUCAAUGAGAUCAAGCACCAAUGUUUCGUGGUGGAGUAGCGUCGAGGGUGGACAGAGAAAUGAAGCAUGGAUCAGUUACAAUUCUAGUACACAAAAUCUGAGUGUUGCCUUCACUGGCUUUAGAAAUAAUGUCACAGUGAUGCAGUACCUCGAUUAUGAAAUAGAUUUGAGGCUUUAUUUACCUGAGUUGGUCACUUUUGGCUUCUCAGCAGCAACAGGAAGCCGAUAUGCAAUAUUUAGCGUUUACUCUUGGGAAUUUAAUUCAAGCUUAGAAGCUGCAAAUCGACACCACCAAGUGAUAACUCGACUCCUAUCGUCGAGAGAGAAAGCAGAAGAAGAAUAA